AAGUCUUUAUCUCUUAUCCUCUUGCUGAACAUCUCUGGGGUACUUAUCAUGGUGAUUCUAGUACUAUCGAUAAGUUUCUUGUAAAGGUUAUUAAGGAUUUUAUGUUCAACACCGAUCCGGAUUUCGAAUUCAACUUGUCGGGGUAUAAAUGGUUUAUUUACGAUAACGAGUGCUUUGAGGGUCAUAGUUUUACUGAAGUUUUAGAUACAUAUUGGUUUGAGGAGGAUAUUCAGUUUGGUCAAUUUUUAAUUGAUUAUAUUAUUACUGUUGACACUAAUACUGUAUCUCGGCCUAAUGUUGAUGUAGAUUCUUAUACUUUUUCUAAUUUUAAUAAUCAUUCAUCCAAGGAUCAGAAUUCUUGUCAUAAAGAUAAUAAAUUUUAUGAGGAUUUAGAUCCUAAUUUUAGUUGGGAUUAUAUUCGUUGUAGAGAUU